AUGUAUAUUUUUUUAUUAUUCAAUUUAUUUAAAAUAAUACUCGGAGGAGAACAUCAACGUCGUUUACUAAAAUAUUUAUUGGACGAAAAUAAUCAUAAUCCACUUGAAAGGCCUGUUUAUAAUGAUUCACAUAGUUUAACUGUAACAAUGAAUAUGGCUCUUCAACAAAUCAUUGAUUUUGAUGAGAAAAAUGAAAUUCUAGCAGUUAGUGGUUGGUUAGUUCUUGAAUGGCAUGAUUAUAGUUUACAAUGGAAACCAGAAGAAUUCGGAUAUAUUCAAACAAUUCGUGUACCUAGUACACGUGUCUGGACGCCAGAUAUUCUUCUUUAUAAUAGUGCCGAUCUCAAUUUCGAAGGUAUAAUGAAAACUAAUUUAAUUGUGCAAUCAAAUGGUAGUAUACUUUUUUUUUACAAUGAAGAGUCACAUAAACUCCGUUUUUUUCUUUUUCUUUUUCUUUUUUGGGAUGUUCAAAAUUGUACAUUGAAAUUUGGUCCAUGGUCGUUUGAUGAAUCUGGUAUUAAUUUAACUAAUGAGUCUAGUGAAGGUCAAUUAGAUGCAUACGUUCAAAGUGGUGAAUGGGAUUUAGAAGCCUUUGAUGUUGUAAGAAAAGCUGUUGUAUAUGAAUGUUGUCCAACUGUGUAUCCAUUUGUUUUAUUUACCAUUCGAAUUCGUCGACGUACCCUUUAUUAUGUUGUAAAUGUAGUUGUUCCAUGUGUUUUAAUUAGUUUUAUGACUUUACUUGGAUUUCUUUUACCACCAGAUAGCGGUGAAAAAUUAACUUUACAAAUUACAAUUCUUCUUUCGAUUGUUAUGUUCAGUUUAUUAAUAGCAGGAAUCAUACCUGCGAGCUCAACGGCUUUACCAACUAUUGUCAUGUAUUUUACUACUGUUAUGUGUAUGUGUUCAAUGUCUGUUGUUGCUACUGUUAUUGUACUUGCUCUACACCAUAGAAAUGCAAAAAAUCAUACAAUGCCUGCUUGGAUACAUGUAUAUGUCAAUCAAUAUUUAGCAUGGUUAUUACGUAUGAAACGUCCAGGACAUGAUUUAAGUUGGAGAGCCAUACGUCAUCGACAUUGCCAUCAAAAUCAUUCUAUGCAUAAUCAUAAGAUUCCUUUGACCCCGUUAUUAGAAAAUUCAUCGAAAUCAUUAUUAGCAAAUAUACAAAACAUUGAUAAACAGUUAUAUCAAAAAUCUUCUGAUCAAUUAUUGAUACCGAUGAUGAAUCACAUUGAAAAUUCUUCUGAUAAUCAUGAAUCAAACGAUCUAUUACUAGCCUAUGAUAUGAAUACUUUUCGUUCUGAUAUUCGUAUCAUAAUGCAUGAACUCAAAUAUCUUGCAGAUCACAUACGAAAAGAGGAAGAAGAUGAUGAUACGUCACAGGAUUGGAAAUUUUCGGCGAUGGUUAUUGAUCGUUUGUGUUUGAUUUUGUUUUCUAUAUUGACAUCAAUCUUUAGUUACGUCACACUUUUCUCUGCACCAAACUUUUUUAAACUUCGAUAA